AUGCCAGGGGGGGGUACCCCUUCCCUGAUGGUUUUGGGAGAUCACUUGAUCCCUUCCUCCAACAAAUGGUGCAUGGAGAUAAGCUUGAAAUCCAGGGAGAUGGGAGUACAAGAAACAAAGGGGGUCCAAAUUGGAACAAAGGUGUCCAAAUGGAGACAAAGGGAAGUAUGGGUUGGGAACUACACCAAGGGUCAAGGGUUAGACUCUAUGGUGGGAGGUAGGGAGGGUGAAGGCCCAGAGGGGCAGGAGGCUGAGAGGGAAUGGGGUGGAUGUGUCAGAAGAUGGGCAGAUUUCUGUUGGAGUCAGGAACAGGGACAGGAUUCACUCAGAGGGACUUUGGGUGGCAUUUUAGUCGAGAUUAGAACUGAGGAACUACAGGUUCUAAUCUACGUGUAUUUAUUGAAGGAGGAUGGGGAGGACUUUAGUCAAAGCCCGAAAUGA